AGGACCCCCUUUGCAACUUCCACCCUCCAAACUUCAUUGGGAUCUCAGAGGUGGAAAUGAGAGGUUCAGAGGAUGUUGCAGCUGGAACAGUGUUACAGCGAUUGAUCCAGGAGCAGCUGAGGUAUGGCAAUCCAAAUGAGAAUAUGAAUCUGCUGGCAAUUCAGCACCAAGCCACAGGGAGUGCAGGACCAUCCAACAGCACUACAAGCACACUUUCUUCCACAGAAAAUCUUGCACAAGAAGACCCACAAAUGGUCCAGCAGUCAGCACGCCAGGAACCUCAGGGGCAAGAACAUCAGGUGGACAAUACUGUGAUGGAGAAACAGUCCAGGGCCACUCAGCCUCACCAGAACAAUGAAGAGCUACCAACUUAUGAAGAGGCAAAGGCCCAGUCCCAGUUUUUCAGGGGCCAGCAGCCAGGUGCUGUUGGCCCAAGUUUUUACAUUGCGGGAGUAUCCAGUCAGAAAUCAAGAACAGAAGGGAGACCAACUGUGAAUCGAGCCAACAGUGGGCAGGCUCAUAAAGAUGAAGCACUUAAAGAACUUAAGCAGGGUCAUGUCCGAUCUCUAAGUGAGAGGAUAAUGCAGCUGUCCUUGGAGAGAAAUGGUGCUAAGCAACACCCCCCUACCUCAGGGAGCAACAAAGGCUUCAAAGCUGGAGGACCCCCACCCACUCAGCCUUCUGGCAAAGGAACUGAUCCCAGAGGUCCUCCGCCUGAGUACCCCUACAAAGCCAAGCAGGUGGUGUCACCAGCCAGCAAGACUCAGGAACACGGGCUGUUUUAUAAUGACCAACAGUCGGGGAUGAUGCAGGAGAUUCUCAAACCCUCCUAUCCUGCUCCGCUGCCAGCAAGACCGGAAGCAGCAGUUGUCAGAUAUCAACCGCCCCCAGAGUAUGGGGUGACGAGUCGACAAUGUCCAUCCGCCUUUCCAUCGGUGCCAGUCCAGCAGCACAGUCCAAUGUCCUCCCAGGCCUCUUCCGUUAGCGGCCCACUGCAUUCAGCAUCUUUGCCACUGCUCCCAUCAGCUGUCCCCGCUCAGCCUCCACCUGCGACUCCACCCAGCCAGCAGCUCACGCCUGAUGCAUAUGCCAUUGUGGAGCGAGCGCAGCAAAUGGUGGAGAUGUUGUCGGAGGAGAAUCAUGUUCUGCGGCAGGAGCUGGAGGGAUACUACGAGAAGGCAGACAAACUUCAGAAGUUUGAAAUAGAAAUUCAGAGGAUUUCAGAAGCCUAUGAAGGCCUGGUCAAGACCACCACUAAGAGAGAGUCUCUGGACAAGGCUAUGAGAAACAAGCUUGAAGGAGAAAUUAGGAGACUUCAUGAUUUCAACAGGGAUCUCCGUGACCGACUGGAGACUGCCAAUAGGCAGCUAGCCAGCAGAGAAUUUGAUGGGCAUGAAGAUAAGGCAACAGAGGGCUUUUAUGCCUCUCAGAACAAAGAGCACUUGAAGGAGAGGGAGAAGCUGGAAAUGGAAUUGGCAGCCAUGCGCUCUGCCAGUGAGGAUCAGCGGAGACACAUUGAAAUCCUGGACCAGGCACUGAACAAUGCUCAGGCCAAGGUCAUCAAACUGGAAGAGGAGUUGCGUAAGAAGCAGGCCUAUGUUGAGAAAGUGGAGAAGCUGCAGCAGGCUCUGACCCAGCUCCAGGCAGCAUGUGAGAAACGGGAGCAGAUGGAGCGGCGAUUGCGCACGCGGCUGGAGAGGGAGCUGGAUUCUCUGAGGAUGCAGCAGAGACAGGGGAACUACCAGGCUGACAACCUGCCAGAACACAAUGCCCCGGCACUGAUGGAGUUAGUGCGGGAAAAGGAGGAGAGGAUUCUGGCUCUAGAAGCUGACAUGACCAAGUGGGAACAGAAAUAUCUAGAGGAGAGCACAUUCAGGCACUUUGCCAUGAAUGCAGCAGCCACAGCUGCAGCAGAGAGGGAUACAUCAGUCCUCAAUCACUCGCGGAAUGGCAGCUACAGUGAGAACUCCCUGGAGGUUCGAAUAUGGCAGGAAGAGGAGGAGAUUGUGCAAGCCAACCGGAGGUGUCAGGACAUGGAAUACACGAUAAAGAAUCUGCAUGCGAAAAUAAUCGAGAAAGAUGCCAUGAUCAAGGUCCUUCAGCAGCGUUUGCGAAAGGAUGCUGGGAAAACAGACAGCACAAGUUUACGGCCUGCUCGAUCGGUCCCAUCCAUUGCUGCAGCAACGGGGGCACACUCCCGCCAGACCUCUCUCACUAGCAAUCAAAUAGCUGAGGAAAAGAAGGAAGAGAAGACCUGGAAAGGAAGCAUAGGGUUGCUUUUAGGAAGGGAUCAUCAUGACCAUUCAUCAGUCCCUGCACUGCCUCCCCCACCACCUUCUUUGUCCUGUGCAGCCCCCUGCCUGCCAAUCAGCGUCUCCCAUGCUAAAACAGGCAGCAAAGACAGCAGCACUCAGACUGACAAAAGCUCUGAACUUUUCUGGCCAAACACUGCCUCUUUCCCAGGCAGAGGAAGGCUAAGCACCACCCCUUCAAACAGCCCUGCCCUGAGACACACGGGCACCAAAGGCACUAGAGAUAAACUAGAGAGCUCCCCCAGCCAUGGCAAGCUCUCUGAUAACAAAGGUCGAGUAAGCAGUUUGGUCCAGAAGCCUGAAUUUCCUGAUGCCGACAUGAUGGAAGUCCUCAUCUGAGGAAAGAGUAACCUUCCUCAGGAUUUUGUGCAGAUACUUUAAAGUCCAUGGAGGCCAAUGUUGUGCAAAUCUUAAACUAAACGUACAAAUCUCAAGAAAGUCUGAGAAAGAUUAAGUCUGGAAGGAGCCCAGAGGCUGAGAGGACUAAGUCUUUGAAUGACAGAGGGAAAAGAAAGAGAUGUAAAUGUGAAAUGAAGGAUUCUGAAGGUGGACAUGAAUGGCUGGAAUAUUCUGACAACAGAAGGUGAUAAAGAAAUGUAGAUUCACAAAGACAUGGUAAAGAAAAUAGGAACUGCAUUUGCUAUUGUAGAGAAAGGUAUCCUUUUACCAUUUAACCAUUUACAGGGGAUACUUUCACAGUAUUCUAUAGCUGUUUUGUUUUAUUCUCUAGCUACAACCAAGACAGAGACUAAAAUCCUGGUUCUGUUGAAGUCAGUAGAGGUUUGUGACUUGUCCAGAAGUUUACAUUUUCUCAAAUGUAGUCAUUAUUCAUAAUUGUUCACCAGAUAAUUUUAGUGAAAAAUUCUAGGUCUCUAGAUUGUGCACAAAGCAGUUUAAGUAUUUGUUUCAAGCCAUGUUGGUUUGUUUUGGCUAGGUCUUUCCUGAUUGGCUGAGUGCUGCUUUUGGGAUCAGGUUUCCAAAACAAAUAUUUGUGUUGUGCAAAUUCAAAACUUGCUCAAAACACUGUUGCCAUGAGCAUUUCUUUGUUAGAAUUUGCAUAGAAGUGUGUAAAUGGGGUAAAAGCCCUGUCAAAGCAAUUUCUUUUACAAAUUUGCUAACUAUUCAGGAAAAAAAUGUUGAGCAUAUUCCCUCAGCUCUAAUACCUAAAACUCAGACACAAAGCUGUUCAAGCAGCAAAUUGUACAUAUAUUCAAGUGCUACAUGUUUUUACUCAUGAAAGUUUGGAUUCAAUGGGCAUUCAAGAUGCUCAGCACCUUGCAGGGAACAACAUGGUGCCACCAUCAAUGUAUUCUCUGGUUUGUUAAAAUAAUGCUAUCGUAUUCUGCAGUUUCUGUCCAAACUGCUUCAGUAUUGUCAGUGGUGCAAAUUCUACCCUCCAGUUGUAAGUGAGGGUGAAUUUGAGCAUGGCAGGCGGCGUUUCAGGCCAGGGCUAUGUCAGUGUUUGGGGCCAAUUAGGCUACAUCUAGACAGCGGGGCUAUUUCAGGAUACCAGAAGUAUCCCAAAAUAGCUAUUCCAUGUCUUUAAACACGCCUGUUAUUUUGAAAUAAAUUUAGAAAUAACAAGCGCGCUGUUCCAGGGUCCCUGUAACCCUCGUUCCAUGAGGGUUAAGGGGCUUGUCAGAAUAGCACUUUAUUUCAAAAUUACCUCAAAAUAAACUAAGCAACUUGCGUAGCUUAUUUUGAGGUUAGGGUGCAUUGUAGAUACACCCUUACUGAGGAGGUUGAGAGGAAUGUGGAGAUUAUUGAUGGAUUCAGCCUCAUUCAUCCCGGUUUAUUACUUGAAAUUGAGAUCAGAAUCCAGCUCUUGGGUAUAUAUUAAAUAAUAACAAGAAAUUAAUCAAUACCCUAGGAAUGAGAAAUAAUAAAUGUACUCUCACUUGACAGUGGAUAUUCCAGGGCACAGGGCUCUACAGGAGUUAAUCCCCAAACAACAUAGCAUGGUUCAUUUUGUUGGUAAGAAUUCUACAGCAUUUCUUAGCUGCUUGUUAGGGAAGUUUACAUUAAUUUUAAGAGACAGACAGGUUGUGUAAAUGAAAAAGGAUGUUUCUGGACAUGCACAGAAACGUUUCUAAUCCUUUUCUCCUUCUCUUAAAGGGACCAAUCCUGCAGCCCUUAUAUAAGUAGCCAUUCCUCACAUGAGUUGAAGUUGCAGGACUGGGCUUGAAUUUUAAUUACAGCACAUGUAUGUGUGUAGAGAGAUGGAAGCUUUAGCAUUUUUUAAAUUCACCAGCUUAGGAUCCCUGAGGGAUAUUUUGGCGGUGAGUUUUAAUAUUUACAAAUGUAUAACCAUUACUGUCUGAUUCAGCAGUCCUUAGAAGUGACAUUCACCCCACAUGCAGAGAUACCAGCACAAGACCUAUGUCCUACUUCAACCCUCCAAAUAAGGCUUAAAUAGGACAAAAGUGGUACCUGUUUUAUGUAAACAGAUUCUUGCACUGGCUCUCUGCACAAGGGUGAAUUUCAUCCUCCAUGCUUCAUCCAAAAUUUGGUCAAAUCAAAACACAUUUUUGUAGACCAGGACUGUCAAAGAUCAAAGGAUCUUUGAGGGGUUUGUUGGUGCUGGAAUUCACCUUUUCAUCACUUGAGUUAUGGGGGCUGCUCAAAGAAAGGCCACAAGAAUUCUUUUUAUUUUCACUCAAACACAGCUGGGGAUUUUGUUAUUGUUGUUAAAAUUAAAAAUAAAUUGCAUCUGGGCAGAGCCCAAGUUUUGAAAAUGUUUCCCCAAAAGUGAGCAGGCAAAGGUAGAGAGGCAGCAUAAUCUCUUUGUUUUCCUGCUAAGCUGCCAUCUCUCUUCUCCACUUGUUUUCCCAAGAUGAAACAUUCCUCAUUUUAAAAAUUACCUUUCUUUGGUGGCAGUAAUUAAGCGGACACACCUCAUCAUGAAAUCUAACAGUCACACACAACUUGGCUUCUUCUAUUCCAAAGGCUCCUUUUUUGAAAAGAAGCCUUCCUGGAUCUUAGGACUCUGUUUUCCCCCUGAAGUGGGGAAUAAGGCGACCUUCUGAUGAGGGUGAUUUUGGAAGAAGCAGCUCUGCUGGUCAAAGAUUCAAAGUGUGCUAAGGCACCUCCUCCAUCUUUGAGGGCUCAGCACCUGCCCCGCUGGCAGUGGGGGCAGGCUUGGAGUAAAUCAGCCCCACUCCUGACUGUGUUUAUUUUCCCACAGUGGGGCUUAUUUGUUAAUAUUUUCCAACUAGGCUUUGGAGAAGGCCCAAGGAGUGCUCUUCCACCAAACCAAAGGCCACAAAGUCACAGCACAAUAAAAGGGGAAUACCUUUUCCUACCCUAUUACUGGGGCAGGGGGUGGCCUUGUUAUUGGCCUCGGGGUGCUGUUCAUCCCCUAAACAGGCAGUUAGGUAGCUUCCUUCCACUGUAGAAGGUGAGCACCAUCCACUGUGUAGGAGCCUUUCUUCAUGCUGCAGCUAGUCCUGUAGCAGUUAGUCUCUCACCAGUGGAGAGGUUUUUUAAGAUCUCAGGAAGCCCUUAACUGGAUUCAAGUGUCCAUAGUGGACCUGAGGUAACUCCUUUCUCGGGAAAAGGGUCUUUGUGAUUCUCGGGCUCAUCUAUCUGCCUUCCACCACUUUCAAGCUUUUCAGCCUGAUUUUGUCACAAAAAUCACAUAGUUAGAUACAUUCAUGUGUUCAAGGCUGACUUCGGGCCAUGUGGGGAACUCUUGCAAACACACUGAGCUCUUCUUACUGGCCACUAGUCUGUGGAGACUGCAGCCACUUUCAGCUCUGCUUCCACUGAAAACUUGUGCUCUGAAGGCCUGCAGGUGCCAAAAGCUAGCCAUGUAUCUGGUACAGCAUGGAGUUGUGCAUAGCAAAGCAAUUCCCCACCCCCGUUUGUUUGUUUGGUACCUAAACAAUGCUGUUACCUCUAAGCACUUACUUUUUUCUAUACCUAGAAAUACUAGCGCCUUCCUCUCUCUAAUGUUUGCACUUGUUAAACUAAGAAAUAAGGUAUGGUUUAAGUAUUAGCAGCUUUGUCUUGCAAAGCAAAUGUAUAAACAUAUAAACCUUUUGGAAGAUGUUACAUGGAAAAGGGAGUAAAAAUAAAACUAAUAGUGAUAAUUAUUUCACCAAAUGGACCUUGGACCUUUUCCAAGGAAUAAGGAUGCACAGAAGCUUUGUAAUCCUUUUGUUUGCUCGUAGUUUAUUGCUAGCUAUACUAUUUCCUUUCAGGUGGAAAUAUUUAAUAAAUGCUGUACAUAUAUACAACUAGUCAUCCAGCAAAAACAGUGUUCUGUUAACAUGCAUGAUGUUGUUGUUUUCACACAAUUGUAUCUCCUAGCAAUAUAACUUUGCUUCUUUUCGUCACUCUAGAAUACAGCUCCCCCUCUCUCUUUAUAUAUAUUUCCAGCAUUUCUUUAAGCAUCAGUUCCUCCAGUUUCAAUACCCAAAAGUGUGUUUACAAAUGAUGCUGCCCAGGAUUGUAGUCACUACAGAAAACUAUUUAUUUAGAUAGCUUUUGAAUUCAAGCUGAAAUAAACGUAGAGGGUAAUUCUUGCCAGCUUUUGUUAAGCUUGUGACAUUUUUCUUUUCAUGCAAAGGCAGGCAAUGGAUCUCCACCCAAAGUUAAAGUAUUAGUGGCAAUAUGCAUAAAGUACUAUUCUUAGUAAAUCAGUUCACCUAGCUUCAGCAAACAAGUGUAACUGCAUUGCUACUGUUCUCCCCAACUGCUUGAUUUGUAUUCUGCUUUGUGAAACUGUGCUGUAGCCAUUCCAGGUGACAUUGGUAACUGGUUGUAAAAUAUUGUCAUUUUCUAUUGUUGUUGGUUGUAUAGAAUGGUUGGUGUACAGUGUUGUACAGCUGGAAGGGGUGUUUGUACAUACAUGGGGAAAUGAAGACCAUUAUGUGUCACUUAUGGCAAAUAUUGAUAUUGUUGGUCAGCCAAAGAUUUUCCUAUUCUUUGCUGCUUAAACUUGUGCCUUAAUAUUGUAUAUAAUAAAUGUAUAAAAUCUUU